GCUUUCCACUACUACUACUAUACAUAACUAGCUUUCCUGUGUGCAUGUGAGUUUGAGAGAGAGAGAGAGAUACUAAGCUCAAAAUGGGUAGAAGUCCUUGCUGUUCUAAGGUGGAAGUGAAUAGAGGAGCUUGGUCUGCUCAAGAAGACCAAAUGCUCAAAGAUUACAUCGCAACCCAUGGGGAAGGAAAAUGGAGAAAUCUUCCAAGGAAAGCAGGCUUAAAGAGAUGCGGAAAGAGUUGUAGGCUUCGGUGGAUGAAUUAUCUCAAUCCUGACAUCAAGAGAGGAAAUAUUACACCUGAUGAAGAGGACCUCAUUAUUAGGCUUCACAAGCUCCUAGGCAAUCGGUAUUUCCCAUUAUUCUUCCUAAUUCAAUUUGUAUAAUCCAUUGAGUAAGUUUAAGGAUAUAUUACAUUUU